CCAUCCCAGGUUUCCUCGAGCAACUUGGAGCAGAGGUGCUGUGCUGUUGGGGCAAGAAAGGCAAAUACUACUGCAAACAAGCAUCCAUCAGGCUAAGGCCGUGACUGUCACACUUGCUGGCUUUCCCAUCUGACACGGCCGCCGGCCGCUCUCUGCCUGCAGAGACGGGGCUGAAGGCUGAGUGCGGUUCCCCUGCCCGGCAGCGCCUGCCCGAGCCCGGCGAUUUUACACCUGCAGGACUCCACCAGCAGCAGAGGAGAGACACGAUCUGAUAGCACACAAGUCUUGCUGCAGCUCUCACAAAUAGAAAACAGGUCGGGUAUUCCCAUCUGCCCUCUUUUGAAUUGCAUCAAUUCUGAUUAUGAGCCAGAAAGAAGAAGAAAUGGAGGGUAGCUCCCCGCCACUCUGUGUCACCUGCGGCCAAGCACAUUUACCAGAAGAAAACCAUUUGUACAGCUACACCGAAGAAGUAGAUGAUGAUCUGAUAUGCUACAUUUGCCUGCAACCUUUGCUUCAGCCGUUAGACACGCUCUGUGGUCACACCUUCUGUGCAGCCUGCCUUACAAACUUCCUUGUGGAAAAAGACUUCUGCCCCAUGGACCGCAAGCUUGUGAUUCUCCAGACGUGCAGAAAGUCCAGCAUACUAGUGAAUAACCUCCUGGACAAGCUAAUGGUUAGCUGCCCUUUCACAGAACACUGCUCAGAGGUCGUGCAACGCGGUCACCUUGAACAGCAUUUCCAAACCCAAUGUAAAGGAGCAUCCCACUAUGGCCUUACCAAGGAACGGAAGAGGCGUUCCCAAGACUGCUCUCCGGACCAUGGCUCCAGUUUAGCAGUAGCUGCCCUGGGCCCCGAGCUCUCGGCAGCUGCAGCCAUUGCCUUAAUGACAGACGAGCCAGGGCUGGUGAACCCGGCCUUCAGCCCCACCUCGGAGGACAGCCAGUCGGGCAGCAGCCCCGGAGACCUGCAUCGCAGCAACCGAAACAGAACUCGACACUUUGAACGGUCCACUAUAAGAAGCAGAUCUUUUAAAAAAAUAAACAAGGCAUUCAGUGUUCUUCGAAGGACAAAAAGUGGAAGUGCCGUUUCCAACCAGGCUGACCGGGAAAGAGAGACUGUUGGAAACUCUGCUGCUGGAGAGGAAGAUUCAGGAUGUUCCAUGCAACCCCCGGUGACAAAAACACAACACUCUGUGGGAAAACCUGCAAGAAUCACCAAAAACAAGACAGAAAGUUUACUUCUUUCUAGAUUCAGCAGCUCUUCGAUAUUUAAGGAUUGGAAAUAUAAAAUGGUAAAGAAAGGUUUUCCCAGGUUGUAUCACCUGAUUCCAGAUGGAGAAAUUACCUGCAUUAAGAUCAACCGUACCGAUCCCCAUGAAAACCUGGCCAUUAGGAUUGUGGGAGGCAGUGAGACUCCUUUGGUUCACAUUAUUAUACAGCAUAUUUAUCGAGAUGGGGUAAUUGCCAGAGAUGGAAGAUUGCUGCCUGGAGACAUGAUACUAAAGGUAAAUGGCAUGGACAUCAAAAAUGUGCCUCACAACUAUGCCCUAUCACUCCUGAAGCAACCCUGCCACAUACUCCGACUGACGGUGCUCCGAGAGCAGAGGUACCGAUGCCGAAACAGCGGACUUUCCCUUGAUGCUCACUGCAAUAGGGACGACAGUUUCCAUGUUGUGCUAAACAAAAGCAGUCCGGACGAGCAGCUGGGAAUAAAGCUGGUCCGCAAGGCCGAUGAACCGGGGGUAUUUAUUUUCAACUUGCUGGAAGGCGGCGUGGCUGCCCGUGAUGGACAGCUUCAAGAGAACGACCGGGUGUUGGCCAUCAAUGGGCAUGACCAUCGGUACGGCAGUCCAGAGAGCGCAGCCCAGCUGAUACAGGCCAGCGAGAAGCAGGUUCACUUUGUCGUGUCGCGGCAGACCAGGCAGCAGACCCCCGACCUCUUGCAGGAGACGGGCUGGAGUUACGGCUGCGGCAGCCGCCAGCCCUGUCCCACCGAAAGAAACAACCCCGGCAAGAGCACCCUUCACACCGUCACCUGUCACGAGAAGGUGGUGGCUGUCCGGAAAGAUCACACAGAAUCGCUAGGAAUGACUGUAGCAGGCGGAGCAUCUAACUGGGAAUGGGAUUUGCCUAUCUAUGUGAUAAGUGUCGAACCUGGAGGAGUUAUCAGCAGAGACAGCAGGAUAAAAACAGGUGACAUCCUCCUGAACGUGAAUGGGAUUGACCUGACGGGGGUCAGCCGGAGCGAGGCCGUCGCCCUGCUGAAAAACACCAACUCGUCGGUGGUGCUCAAAGCCCUGGAGAUGAGAGCGUGCGAAGCCCAGGAGGAGCAAGGCCGCCUGCCACCCCCCGAGGCCACGCAGGCGGCCCCCGAGAGCAGCGAGUGGUCACCUUCCUGGGUUAUGUGGCUGGGGCUGCCACGGUAUUUGUACAGCUGCAAAGAAAUCGUAUUACGAAGAAAUACAUCUGGAAGUCUUGGCUUCAGCAUCGUAGGAGGUUAUGAAGAACAUACUGGAAAUAAACCAUUCUUUAUCAAAUCCAUUGUUGGGGGAACACCAGCAUAUAAUGAUGGCAGAAUUAGAUGCGGCGACAUCCUCCUUGCUGUCAAUGGCAGGAACACAUCAGGAAUGAUGCAUGCCUGCUUGGCAAGGAUGCUCAAAGAACUGAAAGGAAAAAUUACUCUCACAAUUGUGUCCUGGCCUGGCACUUUUUUAUAAAACAAGGCUUCAUGGAGAGUAUGACAAGUAAUUUAACACAGAAAAAAAACCAAAGGACCAUUAGUCUUUGCUUUUUUGGGGGGCCAAGGAUGUGUUUAUAAAGAAAAGGUUUGUGAAAUUUCAACCUGCAUGUCAAGAAAAGUCCAGUUUAGGCAAAGCAGGGUCACCUGUCAGAACAUCACUUCAGAGUGAUUUAAGCUACAGACUUAAGUCUUUCCUUCCCUGUGUUCUUAAGUUUUUUUUUUGGUUUUGGUUUUUUUUUAAUAUAUAUAUUUAAUGCAUUAUAAUAAUAAUGAAAUUUAAAGAGCAGCAGCUCCUCCUCAUUCACUCUAUUUUGAUUUACAAAAAGAAAUCCUUGAAUAACUUAUUGAAAAACUUGCAAUUUUUCUAGUUGCAAAAAUCAGGUGAAGCUUUUUAUCCAACACAUUAAUAGCACUUUGAUUAUGUGUACCUUUUCAUGGUCAGCAUGAAGCUGGUUAUUUUCAAGACUUUCAAGUACUGUUUGUUAGUCUGUAAACUGUGAAUUAAAUUUCUAAAAUAAUUAAAAAUAACUGUAACUGUGUACUUGUACAGAGAUUAUUUUCAUCUAAAACCAAAUUACCUAGUUUCCCUGGUAUGUUUUGAUUACUACUAUUAAAUUCUAGGAUUUUUAUAUAGAAUUAUUGUUUUUAAGGAAGUACACUGCAUCCUGCUAAUACCAUCAAGUAAGUCUUCUAAAUAGCACCCUGACAGGGCAGUACAAUUUUUGCAGGACUGCCAUGCCAAUCACACUUGAUAUGGUUCUGGAUGGAGUAAAUCUGAAAGUGA